GUUCAUUUCAAUGUGCGGUACACCAGAUCCGCAGUGAUUGAUGGAUUUCUACCGAGAUCUAUCUCUCCUCUCUGAGACUGUGCCAUCAAAAGUACGGAUUUGUGCUAUAGCCGCCAUAUUUCUACUCACCUUUUUCGCCCUAGGGUUACCAUUGUUGAUCACUCCACUAUCCGAUCUUGGUGAAAUUGACGAAGACUGCGGUUUAGCGCUGAGUGAACAAUCUAGACGUAUAUUUCUGCAAUUGCACAAUAAGUACAGAUCAAGAGCCGCUAAAGGAGAGUAUACCAUUAAGAACAAAUGGAGCAAAAUGAAAGUAUUACCUCCGGCAACGAGAAUGCUUCAGUUUAAAUAUAAUUGCUCGCUUGAGCGUUCGGCUUUGAAAUAUGCUUACAUUGCUCAAGGAAAAAUGAUACAUUCUCAUUGGAAAGGACUCGGAGAAAAUCUUUGGGCCAUUUCAGUAAAAAUUACUCAUGAACGUGCUGCUGAGAGGGCUACAAAAUCAUGGGGUGAUGAGAUAACGAACCAUGGUAUGGGAAAAUUGAGUGACAGUAAUCAGAAAAUUGGUCAUGCUACGCAGAUUUUGUGGCACAGUACAAGAUCAGUAGGAUGUGGCAUUAUAUAUGCUAAAAGUGGAUGGACAUCGGUUGUAUGCCAUUAUUACCCUCAAGGAAAUUUUCUGUACACGAAUAUGUACCGCGCUGGUGAAACUUUAUCAGAUUGCGGUAAGGAAGGCAGAAGUGAGGUGCCACACAGUAGGACAGGAUUAUGUGAAUUGUUUUAA